UCCGCUCCCUGUGAGGAGCUGCAGCCGCCAUCAGGCCUCCCCUCAGCUCCUCUGCUUUGGGCUGAGCACAGCCAGGGACCGCAGCUGCUCCUCAUGCCACUCCAGACACUUCACCGUCUUUGUAGCUCUUCUUUGGACACUCUGUGAUAGUUUUGUGUCCUUUUCAUACUGUGGUGCCCAAAGCUGUGUGCUGCUCAAGCUAAGGCCGCACCAGUGCAUUGUAGAGCAGGACAGUCCCUUCCCUCGCCCAGUGGCCAUGCAGUGCUUGAUGCACCACAGCGUGCAGUUGGCCUUCCUGGCUGCCUGGGCACACUGUUGACUCGUGUUCAACUUGCUGUCAACCAGGACCCAGGCUGGAUGUGGUUCUGGGCAGCCUGGUCUGGUGGUUGAUGACCCUGCGCACAGCGGGGGCGGGUUGAAACAAGAUGAUCAUUGUGGUCCUUUUCAACCCAGGCCAUUCUGAGGACCCCUUAGGUCUCUUUCAGCAACACUCCUCUCCAGUGCCAUACCCCCAGUCUGUAUGUAAUAGCCAGGGUUGCCUCUUUUCAGGUGCAGAAUCCAGCACUUGCUCUGUUAAACUCUGUGUGAUUGCCCAGCUCUCUCAUUUGCCUAGAGGCCUGCAAGGCCUCUUCACCCUCAGUGAAGUCAACAGCUCCUCCCAGUUUAGUAUCAUCAGCAAACUUACUCAAAACACCCUCUAAUCCCACAUCCAAAUUUAAGAGACAUUAAAGAGAACUGACCCUAAAAUGGAGACCUGCUAGUGACUGGAGGCCAGUCUGAUGUAGCACCGUUUACUACAACCCAGAUCAUGCUGCCCUUCUCAGCUGCCUAUAAUUUUCUGGAUCCAGCAUGCUUUUGCUGGUUCUUCAGUUGUUUUUUGUUGUUUUUUCUAGGUUCUUUUUGCUUUGUUUUCCUUUCAUACAGUACUACUUGAAAAGGUACUACUCUUCCUUGCUUGGUUAUUAAAAUAACGACACAACUUCAUAAGGAUAUGAAUCCUGAUCUUUUGAAGCAGUCCACAGUGACCUCUCAGUCUUCACAGAGCCCCACGAGAAUGGAUGAAAUUUCUUAGGGAGUGGAGACAGAUACCCAGAUAGCUCUGCUUACUGAUAAGUGAUAUGAUCUUCUGAGUUUAGAUUUGAGAAGGUUAGCUACAUAGAAUGCCCCUAGCAGGUUAGCUGGCAUUCUACAGUAAGGCUGCUUUGUUUUAGUCAUUGUAAAGAGAAUGACUGUUGUACGAGGCCAUAAUGAAUCCAAAAUAUUGUCAAAAAAUAGUCUUCCAAAGCAUUCAGGCUGUUCUGUGCUAGUAUGGUUUUAUUUUUCUCUUCUCCUUGAAUACCCAAUUGUCAAAAGUCCAGCUCUGAGUCUUCAUUUUUUGGUUGGUUUUUUUGUUUGUUUGUUUAAUGACAGCAACUUAUCUUUGUGUGAGGAUGAAAAUUACUGUGAAGAGUUGAAGCUGAGGUCAUGCAAACCCUCAGUUUCAUACAUCCUCUGACAUUUCUUCACAUGACACCUGAGUGCAGAAUUUCACAGGAUUAUCACCUAACCUGAUGGGUCCUCUGUUUCUAUUUAAGAUAUAUUCUCCAAGGGUGUUUGUGUAUAGGAAUUUUUGUCUAUUUCUGCAACUGAAAUGAGAGACAAACAAAAAGAAAGACAAAGAAGUACAGAGGCAUCUUGACAGAAAAAAUAGUGAGUACAAAAUGUUUAAGGAGAAAAAAAAGGGAAAUAAAUUUAUCAAAAUGUUAGGAGAAAUACUUAAAUAUAAUGACAUAGCCAAACUGGAGUGAAUAUUUCCUAUCAUAUGGGGAUCUGCCAGCAACCCUAGCCCUCUUUGCUUUUCUUCUUCAUUAUCAGAUGCCUCUAUUGUUUGCUGUUUCUCAGUUGUUCUGUAAUUUGUUCCUGGUUAACACAUCCCUUCUCUACGCUUCCAUUAGUUUGUAGUGUCCUUCUGUGUCAUAGGCUGUGUUUCUGAAGUGUUACUUUCUUUUAGCCACAUGAACUUAACAGCAGAAAUGUACUUAGAGGAGUGUGAUUGUACAACAGAAAUUUUGCAAGUUCUGUUGCAAGUUUCUGGCCUUCUGACUGGCAAUAUUUACCUACUGGCAUACACAUAGCAAAGCACCUUGCUGCAGCUGUUAAUAUUGUGUUGGUUUGGAAGGCAGAAAUUUUGUUCACCUGUAAGAUCAGCCUUGGUCUUGUUCAGUGCAUUUGAAGCAAGUUCUGGUUCCCUGUGGUACUGUGUGCCUGUGAAUGAUUGCUGCAGAAUCAAGCAGGGGAUCCUGUUGAAAAGUAGAAUGUAGUCAAGGACUUACACGUGCAUUAUAUUCAUUUCUAAAAGAUGAAGUUAUGGUUACACAGAAUAUAUUUGUAAUAUAUACCACUUUGGGGUGCUUUUAUUCUGAGAAUGACCUAAAAAUGGCAUCACUGCACUCAAUGGACUCGUGGUGAUCCAGUUACCUCCUGACCUGAGUUUCUACCGGUACUUUUUGCUUUUGUUUUGCAGGCGGAGCUGAAUGAAAAAUGACAGGGAAAAAGGAAGAUCCCAUUUCUUUUGUGUUUUCCCUAAAGUAGGCAUGCUCUGAUUCCAAUUUUUUUCUUACAAGGUGUUUGUAGGAAGCUACUGCAAAAUUUCUGGCCAUAGAUGGGAAGAACCUUGCUGGAGAACUUCCGGAAAUAGCAGCUUUAUAAAAAGCCUCCAGGUUGAAUUAUCACAUGUGAUAUAACUUAUAAGAAGCCAGACACAUUAACCGUGCCAUUUUUGGUCAUUGUCAGAAAUGAACUGCACUGUAAAACAGAAUUUUCAAAACCUGUUUUUGAAAUGUCUGUGCUUGUGCUGCAUUCAUACUACUGAAAAUAUUGGCGUGUCUGUGAGUGUUGCCCUUUACUGCUACUUCCCAGCAGGAAGUCCAGUCUGCUGACAUAACUAAUGAAAAAGGGAGUCCCCAAAAGGAGACCCGUGCAUGAAAGAGACUGGAGACUUUUACAGUUGUUUGAAGGGAGGUGCAAGCAAGCCAGCGCUCUGUGGCCAUAAUUGCAGAGAUGAUCCACACGGCUAGCCUCGUUCAUGAUGAUGUUAUUGAUGAUGCAAAUUCUCGCAGAGGAAAAAUGACAGUCAACCAGAUCUGGGGAGAGAGGAAGGCAGUUCUAGCUGGUGAUUUCAUCCUAUCAGCUGCUUCCUUAGCUUUAGCACGAAUUGGAAACACUACUAUCAUCUCUGUUCUAACUCAGGUGAUUGAAGAUCUGGUGCGUGGUGAAUUCCUCCAGUUGGGUUCCAAGGAAAAUGAGAAUGAGAGAUUUGCUCACUACCUCGAGAAGACUUUUAAGAAGACUGCGAGUCUGAUAGCAAACAGUUGUAAAGCAGUUUCAAUUCUAGGCUGCCCCGAUCCCAAAGUUCACGAGAUCGCAUACCAGUAUGGAAAAAACGUUGGCAUUGCUUUUCAGCUAAUAGAUGAUGUGCUGGAUUUUACAUCGUCUGCUGACCAUCUUGGGAAACCAGCAGCAGCAGAUCUCAAGCUUGGGUUAGCCACAGGCCCUGUCUUGUUCGCUUGUCGACAGUUUCCAGAAAUGAAUGCCAUGAUAAUGAGACGAUUCAGUAAGCCAGGAGAUGUCGAACGUGCUCGGAAGUACGUGUUGCAGAGUGACGGUGUGCAGCAAACAACCUACCUCGCCCAGCGCUACUGCCACGAAGCUACAAGAGAGAUCAGUAAACUGCGCCCAUCCCCUGAAAGAGAAGCCCUCAUUCAACUGACAGAAAUGGUACUCAUGAGAGACAAGUGAGAGAACUCCUUCCACUCGUUCUGGCAGCUACUUACCAGACUGUGCCUACAUUUCCUUCAAGUUAUUUGCUUCCAACACAGGCUACCAAAAAUUAUUUUUUUAAGAAACUUUUGGUGGUUUUUUUUUGGGUUUUUUUUUUUUUUUUUUUUUUUUGAGGG